AUGGGGAGCACGGCGGUUGACGAGAAGCGCGCAGCCAAGUCGCGCAAGCGAGCGCCCAACGCCGAGUCCAGCUCGCCGGAGAAGCUCCCAAUCCAGCCACAGACGGACCCAACACGAUGGAGAAUGAAGGACGACGACAGCCGCCACACCUGGCACUAUCUGUCCGAUAGCCAGGCUGCCGAGGACUGGCCGCAAAGCCUUGCCGAUAAAUACUAUCUGAACCUGCCCUUGGGUCUGUCGAACCUUCCGCCAGCCACUACAGCUCUGGACGCGGCAAGAAACGGCUUCGAAUUCUUCGAGAAACUUCAAUUGCCGUCGGGCCAUUGGGGAUGCGAGUACGGCGGUCCCAUGUUUCUCCUUCCAGGCAUCGUCAUCGCCUGGUACGCGACCAAGACACCGAUACCGCCUGCCUAUGCGACAGAGAUCAAAAAGUACCUGACCGCGAGAGCGAACCCGGACGACGGUGGCUGGGGACUUCACACCGAGGGCGAGAGCACCGCCUUCGGCAUCACCUUGAACUAUACGGUGCUCCGACUCAUCGGCGUCGACCCCGAAGACCCAGUCAUGGUCAAGGCGCGAGGGACGCUGCACAAGCUCGGAGGCGCCGUCAACGCCCCCCAUUGGGCCAAGUUCUGGCUCGCUGUUCUCGGCGUUGUCGACUGGGACAUUGUGAAUCCCGUGCCGCCCGAGAUCUGGCUGCUGCCCGACUGGGUGCCCAUUGCCCCGUGGCGCUGGUGGAUACACAUGCGACAAGUCUUUCUGCCAAUGGGCUAUCUCUACUCGAAGAAAUGGAGCUGCCAAGAGACAGAUGCUAUCCGUGGACUGAGGCAAGAGCUGUUCGUCCAGCCCCAUGGCGAGAUCAUCUGGGCCGCCCACCGUAACAGCAUCGCCCCGAUAGACAACUACUACCCCAAGUCGUGGCUUCUCAACAGCGUCAACUGGCUCUUGGUGAACGUCUGGAAUCCGUACCUGAGGCCAGACUUUAUCAAGGAAAGAGCCGAGGCGUGGGUCAGCAAGCUGGUCGACAUGGAGGACGCAAACACGGGCUAUGCCGACCUAGCGCCAGUCAAUGCCCCGCUGAACACGCUCGUGUGCUUUGUCAGAGACGGGCCAGGCGCUUAUAGUGUCAAGCGGCACAUUGAGCGGCUCGAGGAAUAUUUGUGGGUAAAAGACGAGGGCAUGCUCUGCAACGGCACAAACGGUGUGCAGUGUUGGGACACGGCCUUUUUGAUCCAAGCCGUCUUUGCGUCCGGGCUCCAGGACGACGAGCGGUGGAGGCCGAUGCUAUCGCGGGCUCUCCAUUACCUGGAGCGCCAGCAAAUCCGGGACAAUUGUGAGGACCAAGAAGUGUGCUACAGACAACCUCGCAAGGGCGGCUGGCCCUUUAGCAAUCGCGAUCAGGGGUACGGGGUGAGUGAUUGCAUCUCGGAAGCCCUCAAGGCCAUUAUCCUUUUGCAAAAGUCGGGCGGCUUCCCAGAAAUGCUGGACGACCAGCGCAUCUUCGACGCGGUGGACACGCUCCUGCUGUACCAAAACGACAACGGCGCGCUGUCGUCGUACGAGGCCAGGCGGGGUGGAGAGUACAUGGAGAUGCUCAAUGCCGCCGAGGUGUUUGGGCGCAUCAUGGUCGAGUACGACUAUCCCGAAUGCACGACGGCCUGCGUGACGGCCCUGUCUCUGUUCACCAAGCACUGGCCGGACUAUCGGGCCAAGGAGAUCCAGCUCUUUGUCCGACGAGCGACCAACUGGAUCAAGACGAACCAAAAGCCAGACGGCAGCUGGUAUGGCAGCUGGGGCAUCUGCUUCACCUACGCGACCAUGUUUGCCUUGGAAAGCAUGGCCAGCAUCGGCGAGACGUACUCCAACAGCCAGAUCUCCAAGGCGGGAUGUGACUUUCUCGUGUCCAAGCAGCGCGAGGACGGUGGCUGGUCCGAGAGCUACAAGGCUUGCGAGACGAUGCAGUAUCACGAGCAUGCCACGGGAUCGCUCGUGGUCCAGACGGCCUGGGCCUUGAUUGGGCUGAUGGAGGCCGAGUACCCGGACGUGGAGCCGCUUAAGAAGGGCAUCGGACUGAUCAUGGGGCGCCAGCAGGCCAACGGCGAGUGGCUGCAGGAAGCCAUCGAGGGCGUCUUCAACAAGUCGUGCAUGAUAUCGUAUCCCAACUACAAGUUCACGUUUACUCUGAAGGCCUUGGGGAUGUUUGCGCGCAAGCAUCCCGGCGUAGAGCUGGGUCGUUUGGAUUAG